AUGGAUAGAAAGCCUCGUAAACAAACUCGUGGAAGACAAUUUAGCAAUAUAACCAAUGUCAGAAACGAAGAUUCUGUGGAAUCCGUGCAAUCACCUCGACCAUCCGCAAAAUAUCUGGUCGAAUUUCCAACGAGCCAAGGGCCUCGUGAUCGUUCACGUACGCAGGCGGACUGUUCAACUUCCAAUAGGCAUACUUCUCUUGCGACUACUUAUCCAGAUUCCAAGGAGAACGGUGAACCUACCCCCAAGGUACUGUCCAGAUCAGGACUCGAUCGCCGUACUUCACUUCCUGCAUUCGGUAUCGACCCUGGCAGAUCUGAGCCUUCUUAUGGGCAUACUUUAAAGCGAAGCACCGUUGCGAUUUAUGGCUUGGCAACAGAAUUAUUUUCCUCCAGCACAGAGGCUCCAGUGGUCGGCACGAGGGCUCGAACAAGUUCCGGAAAGUCUCCACUUGGUAUGGACCAUGCGAUUCCCGAGUAUCAAUCUACUACGUUCAACCCAUCGCAUCUGGAUUCUGACUUCAGAACAACAACAGAAGAACCGGAAGAUUGGGUCCAGUUUCCUAAAUCUGUUUCUACUCAUACCCUGAAGCCAAAGACCAGGAACUCUUCUAUGCACAAUAACCAAGAUAAAGUAAUCUUUCCUCUCUCCCGUACACCGCAACCCGGUGUGGCAUCCAGUUCUAGACCUCCGACGCUUUCAAGAAGUCAGACGAUUGGAUUUUCAACUGACGCGCGUUGUGAGAGACCCUCCAAUGCGAGAGGAGCUAAUGUCAACCUCAAAUCGCAUUUUCGAUUGAAAAAAGCAGAGAACGCCCGGACAUGUAUCACAUCUUCUCCUCCGACUGACGAAUCGUUGGCGAUUGAUCCAGAAAAUGAAGAAGACUUCAAGCGAGCUGUAGGAAGUCCAAGAUGCGUUCAAGAAAGCUAUGAAGACACUAUACGGCGAGCCCGCAAAAAACGGCUCAUCAUACGAGAGCUAAUCGAGACUGAAAGGCGCUACGUGGCAGUUCUUCAGAAGAUCAAUGAUAAUUACCUCAAACCAAUACAACAAUCUCAAGGAAGAGAGGAUUCGGCUCUUAACUCACAUAGUUCUCGUUAUAGCAUAACUUACAGCCGGGUACCAAGCUUGGCUUCUCCCAUUGUGCCGGCGCCUCCUGGACCGAGUAAUGCUUCGACCUCCAAGGAGAUCCUGCCAGUAUCCAUAACUGCGGAGAUUUUUUCCAAUUUUGGUGCAAUUUUCAUUUUGGCUCGGGAGUUCCUGUCAAUACUCGAGGCAAUUGCCAUCAAGGCCAAUUUAUUCGAUACCGACCUAGACGCCAUACCCUCUCUAAUACCCGGAGAAGAAGAUGAUCACCGUAAGAAAACUGCUGAACAAGACGCAAAGAUAUUAGCCACAGCUGAUGAACUUAUGGUUGGAAAGACUCUGUCACCCCUCUGGGAGUUUUUUAAACUUUACACUGUGUUUACAGCCAACUUUUCCCUUUCACAAUCCAAACUUCAUAUUCAUUCCAAAAAACCCAGUCCUAGUCCUCAAUUCGCAAAACUCCUUUCAGAUUGUAGUCGACGUGGUAUUGAUAAUGGCUUAGGUUUCCCUCAUAUGCUUUUGGAAAUUAUUCAACGGGUUCCUCGUUAUGAAUUAUUAAUCAAAGAUUUGAUCAAGAACUCUUCGGAAAGAUUUGACCCAGAUUAUCAUCAUUUGAUAUCAUCUAGUGAAACGUUAAGUUUUGUGGCUAGAAAAUUAGAAACCGCCAUGAAGGAUCAGGAAGAGAGGACCAAAACAUUAGAAAUUCAACGUUCAAUGGAAGGUCUCAAUUUUUCAUUGGUGACUCCAACUCGUAAGUUGGUUAAAGUUGGAUUACUUCUCAAAUUGGAUCGUAAGGGUGAUCGUCGGAAUCGGAUGUUCUUUCUGUUCAAUGAUUGUUUAAUCUAUGCCGGAUUGUUGAGUUACUAUAGCCAAGAAUCAUUAGAAGGUUGGAUCAAAUGGCUCGGUAUCAGAUCUACUGCUUCAACAUCUUCCAAUUCCUAUCAGUAUAUGAAUCCACUUCAGUCUUCUGCUAGAAAUUAUUCAGGUUUAUUCAGUAAUCUUGGAUAUAGUGAAGAUAACAGAGCACGUCUGAUAUUUUGUCUCAAGAUGGAUCUAAACGACUUGAACGUGGUAGGUACGGGUUAUGGAACGGAAGACGCUGACAGAGCGUUUCAAAUUUUGUCUUCGACAAAGAGCUUUGUUGUAUAUGCUGAAAGUAGUGAUGUGAAGGAAGAGUGGAUCAAGGCUCUACGACAAGCCAAAAAUGACAUGUUAGACAACAGAGGAACUCUAUUCAUAACGGAAGAAAACAGACCUAGCGAUUUUCAAAGACGUCCUCGACUUUCCCAUCCUCAUGUUCAAACCUCUAGUCCUCCACUUCGAGUAGUUUCCUGGGUAUCAUUUGCCUCGAGUGAUGGGACUGGAAGCAGUGCUCCAGCUGAUGGUAGUGAUCUUGGUUUUAGUAGCCCAAUUAAUCGGGGUCAGGGGUUUAACGAUCUAAAGGAUACCGAACGGACGAUCUAUCAAACUCGAAAUCCUACAAAUCUAUCAAGGCUGACAUCCCCUUCCACCCAAAAUUUAAAAUCUUCUGUUAUCUCACUCUUGAACCUCAAAGCUCUUGUAAACCGAAGUAUUUUUACAUCUAGUUCAAGUCAGAAUAUUCAAAACGAUUUUGAAAGAACUGGAUCAAAGCCACAAGAACUUGAAAAUCCUUCAAGACCUCAAAGUACAUUUGAUGAAAGUUUUCAUUUUGUUGCUCAGAAUUAUAGUGCACCAGUUUGGGUACCUGAUAAUAAAGCAAGUAGAUGUAUGGCAUGUCAAGAGAGGUUUAGUCUUUUAAGACGUAGACAUCAUUGUCGAUUAUGUGGUUGUGUGUUUUGUGCACUCUGUUCGUCACGCACCUUUGUCAUUAUGAGUCGUGAGGGCAAUGAUAGAUACGCCCGAGCAUGCGAGGCUUGUUUCAAAUCAGUAUUUUUGAUCCCUCAAAGCUUAGCAACGGUAGAUCAGGAAGCAAACUCUGCAAAAUACUUAUCACCAACUCCAAAUCGCCCACAUGACGAUCUUGAUUUAACUUUUCGUGAACAACGUCAAAGACAAGCCUUUGCAUGUCAUCGACAUCGUCAAAGCCUUCCAAUCGAAUUAGAUUCAAUUGUGAAGGAUCAAUUACGAAAGAUCAGUACAGAUCCACGAUUGUCUUUAUUUUCUUCUACAACUGUUGAAGAGGAUGUUGUAUCGCCAGCCUCAAAGAAGACAAAUCCGCCUGUUCUCGAAACCACUCAAAUUGCAUCAAAUUCGAAUUGUGCUGAUGGGGCGAAAACCAUGGCAGGGAGAGAAUUAAGCAGACUACUUGAAAAGUAA